AUGACGCCGGUGGAGUCCAAGAACGACGAGUCCAAGAAGCAGACCAUUCUGCACAUCAACGCCAGCCUCACGCACAACUCCGUGACAGAUCGAGUCGCCGCCAAGAUGAUCGAUCACCUCACGCACCACUACCAUUGCCACAUUUGCAAUGGUAACUGCCCCGUUGACGGCGCGGACAAGCCCGAGGACGUUCUCAACAUCGAAGAGUGCGAUGUGUGGAGCAGUAGCCUGCCCAAGUUCGACCGCGAGACGAUGACGCGCGUGUGGAGGGCGCGUCACGGCAGCGAGGACGAGGAAGACCUCAAGGCGUUCAGGCCCAUCAAGGAGCUGGCCGAGCAGAUGCUGCGUGCCGACUUCCUCGUCAUCACGAGUCCCGUGUGGAACUUCAGCGUGCCCUACGCUCUGAAGCAGUACAUCGACUGCGUGGUGCAGGCCGGACUCACGUUCCACGACAAGGACGAGGAGGGGCCCUCGCGUCCGUAUUUCAAAGGACGGCCGCUCAUCGUGAUCUCGUCGUCGGGCGGCAAGGCGCCACCAGCGCACGAGGACUACGUGUUCCCGUUCCUGUCGCGCAUAUUCGCCAUGUGCGGGUUCGACGACGCGCAUCGCGUGGCCAUCGAGGGCCUCGCCAUGUACGACAAAGAAGAGUGUUUCCAGAACGCCGUUCGUGAGGCAAACUGCAUCGCUGAUAAGGUGGUGCAGAACCACAAGCUGCGGUUGGACGUGAACUAUGUGUGA